GCAGGCGCUAACUAGCCCCGUUUGCUGACCGCCCACCAUUUCCCAAGCUGUCCCUGGGACACACCUCCCGGGGUAAUGCGCAAGCGCCGCUCUUUGACUCUCUAACUCGCGGUCUGCAGUCUCGUUACGCAUGCCCGGGCGGCGGCGGGAACCCACGGAAUUUACCGCCGGAAGUGCGGCGGCCAUCACCAAAGAGUGCGGGCUCGGCUCACUAGCUAGAGGGGCUCGCUUCCGCCCCGCUACCGGGAGGGGGGCGGCCAUUUUAGCUGAAGAAACACAUUCUGGAAAUAGCCAACUCAGUAUCAUGGCCAGCAGCCUUAAUGAAGAUCAAGAAGGAGGCAGAAUCACGUAUGUGAAAGGAGAUCUUUUUGCAUGCCCCAAAACAGACUCUUUAGCCCACUGUAUCAGUGAGGAUUGUCGCAUGGGUGCUGGGAUAGCUGUUCUCUUCAAGAAGAAAUUUGGAGGGGUGCAAGAACUGUUAAAUCAGCAAAAGAAAUCUGGAGAAGUGGCUGUUCUGAAGAGAGAUGGGCGAUAUAUAUAUUACUUGAUUACAAAGAAAAGGGCUUCGCACAAGCCAACUUAUGAAAACUUGCAAAAGAGUUUAGAGGCCAUGAAGUCUCAUUGUCUGAAAAAUGGAGUCACGGACCUCUCCAUGCCCAGGAUUGGGUGUGGUCUUGAUCGUCUGCAAUGGGAAAAUGUAUCUGCCAUGAUCGAGGAAGUAUUCGAGGCAACAGAUAUCAAAAUUACUGUGUAUACACUCUGAACAGAUGAAUGUCUUAGAUGUGUCCAUGUUCUCCUGUAUCAUAUCUUCUGGGCCAUAUGACUGGGCAAACUGACCUGAAGAUGGGAAGAGGAAAGUUUCACGUGAAGUAGUGGGUGUCACAGGACAGACUUGAGUUGCUCUAUUCCAGUAUUUGCACUAGGACUCUGGAGGAGGGAUUGCUUUGGAUAUGUUUUGAUAUUUUUGCAAAAAGGUAAGGAGUAAGUGGCCUGAUAGGUGUCAGUCUGGGAAACCAAAUAGUUGGGCCUAUGAUCUGUUUUGCUCAAGUAUGCUACCUGGUUUCGCAGCCACUAGGUGGCAGCAUUGAUUCUACUUCUCUGCUUUUUAAGAGGAAAUUUCAGGAAGGAUGAUCAUUUCGUUAGUUUGGAAUCUUUUGUCAUUUGUACACUUGGUAUUAUCCUUAUGUCAUCACAUUCACUCUAGGAGAGAGUUAUGGGUUGUCUUGUUUUUGUUUUAAUUACAGAUUGAAUUCUGCUUUGUUAACCAGGAAUUUGUGGUGACAAAAAUGGAAAAAUAAACCUUU